ACGCUUAGACACAGAGGUUGAAUUGUCGACUAGACAGUCAAGGACCUCAAGCAGUAUGAAAUCAUCCAAACGAGAAAGAUCAUCAGGAUUGGAUGAUAAGCUUGAUGAGCUACGAAAGGAACUCACAUCCAUCCAUGGGGGAAUAUUCCCUCAUUCUGUAUUAUCUACGCAACAAAUCGGUACCUUGAGUGCACAGAAACCAAAAUCAACUGAAGAGUUGGAGAAGUUGAUUGGCAAGUUGAAGACUCAAAAAUACGGAAGCAGAAUUCUUGAAGAGAUUGCUAGUUAUGAGUCAGAUCCCCAAAAAGAUGCAGAUGGAAGCAAAGAGACCAAAGGCAAUGCUGUUAAGAAGUUGAAAACCAAGAAAGCUCUUGUUGUCCUUGAAAGUAGUGAAGAUGAAGCAUGAAGAUACAACAACGCAUUAGGAAGGCUACUAAAAUUCUUCUAGUAUCAUUUUUGUUAUCUUUUUUGAGAAAUCUAAUGAUAGUAUUUGUGCGUAAUAUCUAUAUCAAAUGGUGAAUCAAAUUUUCCACAAGAAAUUGCACCCAAUGACCUUCAAAAUGGGCGUUCUUGAACUUUUUGAACCCUACGUGCCUCAUGGGCAAACCUUCAAGGUCAAAAGUUAAAAACUUGUUAAACUUGAAGUUUUGUUCCAUGGGACAAGUGAGAUCAAAAGUUCAUGGCCACCCACCUCCGAGGCCAUUCUUGUAAAUCACCCAAUUUUCCUUGAAGUGGGCUUAUUUGGAUA